GCCGAGGGAGUGACCGAGAGCAACGAAGAUAGACGUUCGAGAGUCGGUUGAGAGAGAGAGUGAUAGUGAGAAGUGAUAGCAGAUAGCAUGCAAUGCAUGCAUGUGAUGCAGACUUAUUGAGAGACUUGGCAGACACGCUGUUAUAAAUCGGUUCAAUGCGAAGUUAAAAAGUGACAUUUAUAAUUAAUGAUGGUGCGGUCUUGCUGCAUUUGCAAAUCUGAACAUGGUGUUCAAAGUGAUGUUUCUUUCCAUCGUGUUCCUCAAAAAGACGAAUUGAGAGAAAAGUGGAUCAGUGUAAUAGGACAUCAAGUUACUAAAAACAGUUCUGUUUGCAGUAAUCAUUUCACAGACACUGACUUUAGAUACAAGGUAAUAAAAAAUGUGCCAAAGAGAUACUUAAUGCCAGAUGCUGUUCCCAGUGUACUUCAUCCGGUACAACAGACAAUGACGUUUACAAUUAGUGAAUCGUUGGAUGAAGAGAAUACCGAACAAGAAGUUGAUAAUGGCAGUGACACUAGUGAUAAACAUCCUAAAUCGGAGGUUAAUUCAAAACAAUCCGCCAGUCCAGCAGCAUUAAUUGAUGAAGAUUCACCAAUUAAUGAAGAUUAUUUACCAUUGGAAAGGAAAAACGAGAAGAAAUCUGCAAAUCCAAUUGCAAAGCGUUUCUGCCAUCCCCGAUUUAUUGGAGAUCUUUGCCGUGAAGAUUUUACUUCUCGCGAAAGUUGGGAAAUGUUUGAAAAGUUUCGUAGAUUAAAUAAGAUUAAGCUAAAGACUUUAAAUCAAAAGGUGACGCGACUAAACAAUAAGUUAGAAUGCAUGAGGAACUUACUGAGAUACUUAGGAAAAAAGAAGAUUCUGUCGAAAGAAGAAGCAGUAAACUCCUCGGAAGAAAGUAUGUAAACAAUGCGUGCGUCCAAAAGCAUGAUCGCUCACCGAGCGGCUAAGUAGCAAUCGAUUUAGAUUUAAAGUAAGACCCGAUCACGGUCGAUUGCUACUUAGCCGCUCGGUAAGCGAUUGUUUCUGGAUGCGAUCAAUGGGGUUACGUGCAGGAAACUCAACAGUUGAGAGAGAUCAUUUGUGAUAAGGGCACGGGGGUACCUCGCGCAGCGCGCGCGCGCUUUGCGCAUAUACUUGGCGCGAGGUACUACCGUGUGCCUCUUGAUUUAUAUUUCGAGCGUGCAAUUCGUUUUCUUCGUAAACAAAUUCACACGCAUCGAUCCGUUUUAAUGCUUUGCGUCACAUAGUUGGAAUUAUUACAAUUCAUUAAUUUUAUCGAGUUACAUCUUGCAAAUGCGUCAAUUAUUAAUAAAAUAAGAAUUAAACUAA